AUGUCCGUGCCAACAACUGAUAGUACUGAAGCUAUAACUAAUUCCGGUUAUGGUAGUAGUGAUGAAACAGCAAGCCUUUUAGUUUCUGGGCCAUCAGUUACAGUAAUAGUUCCCACAGAAAAUAGAACAGUUAAACCAGUUUUACAAAGACAAGAUUGUACUACUCAUUUAAGACCGCAAUUAUCGGGUGGUCCGGGGAGUGAAGAAAGUGCUGCUUCAAUAAGAAUUGAAGAAGGAACAACUAGAAGUGUACCGGACAUAGAAUUACAAUGCCGUGAGCCUCCCGACCGACCGCAGACACUUGUGUCACCUUUUACAACUUGCUCACAUAGAGGAUCAGUGCCCGCGUGUCAAUUAGUUCCACAUUCGUAUAGUAGAUGUCGUGUUUGUGAAAGAAGACAGUCAACGGCCCCAAUGUCCGCCUUACAGCUAGCGCGAUCUGUGUCAAGGGAGAGUGUUCGUUCGGCGGUUCACUACCCGUGUGGAUGUAGUUCGCUCCAUGCUGUAAGCACAUGUCCUGUCAUUCAACCACCGGCCUUAUUGUUACCUGCAACAAGUACAAGAAUUAUUCGACAGAGUUCGCAACCUGAGUCUAGCGCAUGCGCGACGCACUGUGUUCAUCAUUCACACCAACACCCUAGCGCCUCACUGCGACAGUUGAGGGAACCUGGUGAUGGAAUCGCAGGAAUAGCAGCGGAUUCGUUACGAAUUAACGGUGGAAUGCGACCCUUCAAGCAGGGACUGCUCCUCUGCCCACAAACCCUGUCGCAGACCCGCCGGGCUCGACUAAGACGCGCGUUCACUGAAGCCACAGGAGACACGGUCAACUACGUUAGAACGGCCUGCACGGGAGCUCGGAACCACGUGCCACAGCUGCGGAAGCCAGUGUCGACGCUUUCGAUCCCCGGCGCUAUGAAGGCGUACUCCAGUGGGAGAGACGCGGCCGCCGAGGAAGCGGGCGUUGCGUUAGUUGGCGUACACAGCGAAUACCCGCGUUACGGCGAAGAGAGGGCUCUAGGCGGUGGGACCUACAAGGGAGGGGGGGCCGCUAAACACAAGCCUAAUAUAGGAUAUAGAUUAGGUAGAAGAAAGGCUUUAUUUGAAAAAAGAAAAAGGAUAAGCGAUUACGCUUUAGUAAUGGGAAUGUUUGGUAUUAUAAUAAUGGUUAUAGAAAACGAACUUUCUAGUGCUGGGGUCUACACAAAGGCAUCAAUAUAUUCGCAAGCGUUGAAGACGCUUAUAUCAAUGUCGACUGUGAUCUUACUCGGCCUAAUCGUGGCUUAUCACGCUUUAGAAGUACAGUUAUUUAUGAUAGACAACUGCGCUGAUGACUGGCGUAUUGCGAUGACGUGGCAGCGGAUAGCCCAGAUAGCUCUUGAGCUGGCCAUAUGCGCCGUCCACCCAAUUCCGGGACAAUACACAUUCACUUGGACAACUAAAUUAGCGAACAAAGGCGGUGUCAUAGGUGUUGAAGUUGAAACAGUAUAUAAACAAAUUCAGGUUCCAUAUGAUGUAACGCUGUCUCUCCCGAUGUUCUUUCGCCUAUAUUUGAUAUGUAGGGUUAUGCUUCUUCACAGUAAAUUAUUCACUGAUGCCUCUUCCAGAAGUAUAGGGGCUUUGAAUAGAAUAAAUUUUAAUACCAGAUUUGUAUUAAAAACACUUAUGACUAUAUGUCCUGGGACUGUUUUACUUGUGUUUAUGGUCUCACUCUGGAUAAUUGCUAGCUGGACUUUAAGGCAGUGCGAAAGGUUUCACGAUGAAGAACAUGCUAACCUACUCAAUGCGAUGUGGCUUAUUGCCAUUACAUUUCUCUCCGUCGGUUUUGGUGACAUUGUGCCGAACACAUAUUGUGGCAGAGGUAUCGCCGUUAGCACCGGCAUUAUGGGGGCGGGAUGUACAGCAUUAUUAGUGACAGUUGCGUCGAGAAAAUUAGAAUUAACUAGAGCGGAGAAGCAUGUACAUAACUUCAUGAUGGAGACUCAGCUCACUAAAAAGCUGAAAAAUGCCGCAGCUAACGUAUUAAGAGAAACAUGGUUAAUAUACAAACAUACACGUCUCGUCAAGAGGGUUCAUCCGGGGCGCGUAAGAACUCACCAAAGAAAGUUUUUACUAGCUAUUUAUGCAUUACGGAAAGUUAAGAUGGAUCAAAGAAAGCUGAUGGAUAAUGCCAACACUAUAACUGACAUGGCAAAGGACCCCUUUCUUUUACAGACCCAGAACAUGGUUCAUGAGAUAGUGUCAGACAUGAGUACGAGGCAGGACACGAUUGAAGAAAGACUUACUAGUUUAGAAGAGAAACUAACUACUUUACAGGAGCAAGUCAAUAAUCUGCCAGAUGUUAUGGCCAGGUGCUUACAACAAUGUUGGGAGCGAGCAGAACAAAGAAGGAACUUUCUACAUCCUGACACAGCAGCUGUGCCUACUCCACCCGCAUCAUCUAUUUCUCCAUAUUCUAGGACAUUAGCAACAUCAACCCAUCCUUGGCCGCCUAGUCCAGUACUGCCAAACGCGAGAACGCAUUUACCUUCUGAAGGCGGGUCUAUUCCAGUUGCACCUCAAACCUCGAGCCCCGCGCCUCACUCGCGGCCUCCGCUACCCAGCUGA